AUGCUAGUGAAAAUGCAUUAUUCAAUCCAUUGGGACAACAAGACUCGCCUAGCAGGGCUGAAUGAACUAAUGGAGUCUAAAGGUGGUAAAAAGAAGUCUAGUAGUAGUAGUAGUAAAUCAUUGUUUUACGAAGCUCCCCUCGGCUACAGCAUUGAAGACAUUCGACCAAACGGUGGCAUCAAGAAGUUCAGAUCUGCUGCUUACUCCAACUGCGCUCGCAAGCCAUCCUGA